UUCCUUUCUCUCCUGAUUAUAAUCAUGGAUGUUGUAGCUGGGAUUCUUGGCUUGCAGGCUGAAAUUGCACAAAAAAAGGGUCACCAUGUAAACCUGUAUUUAGUGGAGUGUAAACAACAAAGUCAGAAAGCCUUUCAAAUGGGGUUCGCUGCAUUGAUAGUUUUGGGGAUAGCCCAUGCUAUAGUCUGUUUAUUGGCUGUCUUCAGUUGCUUUUGUUCUCGACAAGGCCUUGUCAUGGCUUAUUUUAUCAAGCAAAUCUCCAUGGUUCUCCUGCUUUUAGCAUGGAUUACAUUUGCUAUUGGAAUGAUCUUGCUGCAUUUCGGGACAAAAUCAAACCACCAUAAAAAACGUUCUUGUGGAUUCUCAGAUCAUCACUUCUUGUAUAUUGGUGGCAUUUCGUGUUUUGUUCAUGGCGCAUGCUCAGCUUUGUAUUAUGGUUUUACCGCGGUCACAAUUAUUUAA